AUGGCAGGCCCCCAGGGGAGAAGGCUCUUCCCUCCCCAUCCCCACCACAUCCCUGGCUAUGGGGGCUUCGUCCCUCAGUACAAUUACCAGUUUGGAGAGACUUAUGGCAAAACCACCGCCCGCCUACUGACGGAUCCUCGGGUCAGGAAGAGUCGUCACUCCUUGCUGGCACCGCUGCACGAGGAAAAGUUUGUCGAGGACCUCAGUGGGACGAAGGACAAUGGCCAGGGUUAUCUCCAUGGGUGUCCAGGGUACUUUCCCUAUGAGGAAGCUGAGACUGCAGCGAUCUUUCCUGAACCAGUCCUUGAGCCAAAACCUCUUCCACCAGGACCGGGGCCGGCAGAAGAGUUGAUGAUGACGCACACGGUCCCCGUGUCCCCGUACCACCCUGGCGAGUACAUCCCGAGGACACAACUGCCACGAGUGGCUGAAACCGUGGAUGGGGAGCAAGAUAAUCGGUUCCCGAAACUGGCUGUACCAAGAGCCAUCCAAGAGAAAGCCAUGCCAGGGUACACUGGAUUCAUCCCCCGCCUCGACUGGACUCAUGGCGUGAACUACGUCCGUGCUGUGAAGGAAGCCAUGGAAGAAUUUGACCGACAUCAGGUUUUGCAGAGAAGCCCAGUUUCCAGCAUUGGCAAAAGUUUUCACCAAACAUACUGGCCUGACAACAAAAUUUACACCAGUGCCGGACUGAUACCUUUCUACACAGGCUUCGUACCACAUGUCCGACACACCUACGCGCUUACUUUUGGAAACAGCACCCGAAAAGCUUACCAAAAGGAACAAAGGAGACGAGCUCUUGCACUGUGA